GGUCAGGAGUGUACCUGUGGAGGACAUCAAAGGAUCAAGCAGCACUCAAGCACUUCCGUGGACCUCAAUAAUACCGCAAGCCGACCAGGCCACGGAGUUCAAACUCUUCUCCUGCGUGUAUUGUCCAUAUCGUGCUACCCAGAAGGGAAACCUGCAAAGACACAUGCGAAGUCAUACAGGAGAGAAACCUUACUCCUGUCAUUUGUGCUCAUAUUCAGCAACUCAGAAAUUGCACUUAGAUAAUCAUAUUCGUACUCAUACUGGAGAGAAACCAUUUUCAUGCCCAGAGUGUAAUUUUUGCACAAAUCAGGAAUCAAAUCUGAGGAGACAUAUUGUUUGUACACAUUCCAAGGAUACACCAUACACCUGCAAAUAUUGCUCUUAUCAGAGCAAGAGCUGGGGAUAUCUCAGGAAACAUACUUCUAGAGCCCAUAAAAAAGAGAAAGAGGAAAAUAAUUAGUUAUUAAUAUUAAUAUUUUUAAAAAGUCAAUUAGGCUCACAAGUUAAGAGAAUGCAAGAGUAACAAAAGCUUAUCAAGAGCUUUUCAACCUGAAAUCACUGUUGACCUAAAGUUGAGUAUCGGUUUUCUC